CAUCAUCAUCGCGGACCGAUCGAUCGAGUGAGGAAUUGAUAUUGGUCGUUGUCUCCAGAAAGAGUUCAUAUUAAUUGUGUCAUACAUACUUCACACACCCAGCCCAUCAUGUCUCCAAAAUAUACCCUAACCACAACGGAUAAUCUUCUGCUCUGCAACACUUGUGGCGCACAAUAUGAUGUGGAUGAGAGUGUUGGGAAGUCUGAAUGUCGAAUCUGUGAGGAUCCUCGACAAUUCAUCCCCCCAACAGGGCAAUCAUUCACAACUCUGGGCCGAUUGAAAAGCGAAGGCAAAUACGAGAAUGUAUUUGAACGAAACGAAAAGGAUUCAAAGGUCAUUGAAAUCCAUACUGAGCCGAAGUUUGCCAUCGGGCAACGCGCUUGUUUAAUUCAAACACCUCAUGGAAAUGUCCUCUGGGAUUUGGUUGCGUUGUUGGAUCAGAGGACGGUUGAUAAGAUCACUGAACUCGGCGGGUUGGAAUUUAUCGUCAUUUCUCAUCCUCAUUUCUACACAACAUGGGCCGACUGGUCAACGACAUUUAAAUGCCCUGUCUACAUGACCGAAGUGGACUCAGUAUGGGCGAAUCGAAAGGACGUUUCGACAGCCAAUCUCAAACUCCUCAAAGACCCGUACACCGAACUACUCCCCGGCAUCACCGCUGCAAUAUGCGGUGGCCACUUUCCCGGUAGUAUGGUCCUGCAUUCGGCCGUGCCCAAUACCGAUGUCCCGACCCUUUUCGUCGCAGACACGAUAUUCGCCGUGGCGUCGGGUCAUAACCCAGACCCCGGGAAGAGACAAGACACUGUCUCGUACCAGUUCUUGUGGAGUAUUCCCAAUUACAUCCCUUUGCCUCCAGAUACCGUCUUGCAGAUUUGGCAACGCUUGAAGAGAUUUGAUUUCAAAGCCACAUAUGGCGUCUUUGCCCAGAUCACCAAUGUUUUCGAAAAACCAGGUCAAACGCUCAGUCUCAAAGGCAGGGUGUUGCAGAGUGCCAAGAUCACUGUCAAGGCUAUGGGAUAUUCUGACCAUUCGAUAUUUGCCGAGGAGCUAUGAUGGAUUCUGUGGAUUGAUGUCGUGUAACCCCCUGAUGUGGUCGUAGUCUUUUCUAAUGAGUAUUGGUGUGAGGGGUGGGUUUCUGUGUUAUUUUGCCGAUCGGUAUCUUCGCAGAUCAGACGAGUAAAACUGCAUUGAGGCAUCCAUCACGGCUGGGAUCGUUGGUGACUUGAGCAUACUUUCCCCAAACCACUUUACC